AUGGGUUCCAGUAACGGUAGACCCCCGAAGCUCCCUCUCGUCCCCCUCGCUAAGGGUUCCGUCCUGCUGCCCGGCGUGACUCUCCGAAUCUCCGUAUCCAACCGCCCUGAUCUCGCCAACCUUCUGUCGUCGCUGGUAGACCGACCGAAGCGGGAGGGUAAUUCCAUCACCUUCGGAUGCGUUCCGCUCAACUCGCCAUUCUUGGGCCAUGACGGCCAGCAGCUCUUGGAAAGCGGGGACUUGGAUGAGGAUCGCAAGACAGAAUACGAUGCGAUCGAUGCGGGACAGGCGCGGAAAGAGGACCUGUUCCACUAUGGGACGGUUGGCAAGGUGAUCGGGGUCCAACGCCGCGCCUACGCCGAACCUUUCCUUCUGGUUCAAGGAACGCAGCGCUUCACAGUAAAAAAGAUUUUGCGAGACCGCCCCUUCUUUGAAGCUGAAGUAUAUCUUCAUGAUGAGAGCACCACCCAUCAAGAUGAUCCCGAAGCCGCCGAACUCUUUCAACAACUGAGGCAGCUCUCACGAGAGCUUCUCACUCUGCUACGCCUCUCCUCGUUGUUGUCGGCCGCCUCGUCUCGUCUAUCGCCACUGGUGGCCCGGAAGUUCGAAUUGUUCAUCUCCAAGACCGAGUUAGCGCAGGCAGGGAAGCUGGCCGAUUUCAUGGCGGAUGUGUCCGACGCAAGUUUCGAGGAGAAGCUGAGGAUACUGGCCUCGUUGGAUGUCAGAGAGCGCCUGGAGAAGGUGGUUGAGAUCCUGAACAGACAGACGCAGCAUAUCAAGAGCAGCGUUAAGGUGACCUCCAUCGGCACAGCCUCCUUCCCGCCCAAUUCCAACAUGGAUAUCAGUCAGAUUGAUCCGCGUGAGCGUGAGCUGUUGGCACGACGCGCUAUGGCGGGUCUCUCUGGCCUCACGCCACCGGGGACAUCUGGGGGCCGUGGCAACGAUAAUGAGGAGAAAGAGCCAAAUGAGGUGGACGAACUCCAGCAAAAGCUACAGGACGCACAGCUGAGCCCCGACGCCCGGAAAGUUGCGGAUAAGGAGCUGAAACGCCUGCGCAAGAUGAAUCCUGCCAACGCCGAGUACGGUGUGUGUCGCACCUACCUGGAGAACUUGGCAGAGAUCCCGUGGGCGAAGGUAACGGAAGAUCAGCUGGGCCCGGAUACCCUGAAGAGAGCCCGCCAGCAGCUGGAUGAUGACCACUACGGACUGGAGCGGAUCAAGAAGAGACUCCUGGAGUACCUGGCCGUGCUGCGGUUGAAGCAAUCGACCAACCAAAACGUCGAGCGCCAAAUCUCGGGGCUUUCAAAGGAUUUGGAUGCCGCUUCGGCCGGGGAUGUGGAAAAGGAUGUUCCCUUGCUCUCUGAGUCUGACCGGGUCGCAUUGGAGACUCGGCUUGAGAUCCUGAAAUCCAAGCGCAUGUCUGACAAGUCGCCGAUCCUUCUUCUGGUCGGCCCCCCCGGAACUGGUAAGACUAGUUUGGCGCGGUCAGUGGCUGCCUCCCUGGGUCGCAAAUUCCACCGGAUCUCCCUUGGUGGCGUCCGAGAUGAGGCAGAGAUUCGAGGCCACCGACGCACCUACGUUGCGGCUAUGCCCGGACUGGUCGUCAACGGACUGAAGAAAGUUGGCGUGGCCAACCCUGUCUUCUUGCUCGACGAGAUCGACAAGGUUGGCGGAGCCAACUUCCAGGGCGAUCCGUCUGCCGCCAUGCUUGAGGUUUUGGAUCCCGAGCAGAACCACACCUUCACCGAUCACUAUAUCAACAUCCCGAUUGAUCUAAGCAAGGUACUAUUUAUCGCCACCGCCAACUCCUUGGAUACGAUCCCGGCACCUUUGCUUGACCGCAUGGAAACAAUCUCAUUGUCUGGGUACACCACUGUCGAGAAAAGGCAUAUUGCCAAGCGACACCUGAUUCCGAAGCAGGUUCGGGCCAAUGGGCUGGGUGAAGGACAGGUCAACCUCUCUGACGAAGUGAUUGACAAAACCAUCACCUCGUACACCCGUGAGUCUGGCGUCCGCAACUUGGAGCGUGAGCUCGGUUCGAUAUGCCGUCAUAAGGCGGUCCAAUUUGCCGAUGCCGGCGAUGCCAGCCGUCUGGCUGACUACAACCCGGCUGUUACCGUUGAAGAUCUGGAAGAGAUUUUGGGAAUUGAACGGUUCGAGGAGGAGAUUGCCGAGAAACACGGCCGUCCUGGCGUGGUCACGGGCCUCGUCGCUUACUCCACCGGUGGCCAGGGCAGCAUUCUGUUCAUCGAGGUGGCAGACAUGCCCGGCAGCGGGCGCGUGCAGCUCACAGGCAAACUCGGCGACGUCCUGAAGGAGUCUGUCGAAGUGGCUCUGACCUGGGUCAAAGCCCACUCUUUCGAACUGGGCCUCACCCACGACCCCAACGAGGAUAUCAUGAAGAACCGCAGCUUGCAUGUGCACUGCCCCUCGGGUGCUAUCCCCAAGGAUGGGCCAUCGGCCGGCCUCGCCCACACCGUCGCAUUGAUCUCCUUGUUCACCAACAAGCCCGUCCCCCCGCAGAUCGCCAUGACUGGCGAGGUCUCGCUGCGCGGUCGGGUCAUGCCUGUAGGUGGCAUCAAGGAGAAGCUCAUUGGCGCACUGCGUGCCGGCGUCAAGACUGUGCUGUUACCUUACCCCAACCGCAAAGACGUCAAGGACGUCCCGCAGGAAGUCAGUGAUGGGCUUGAGAUUGUAUAUGUUCAGCAUAUCUGGGAGGCCCUUCGCCAGAUCUGGCCUGAUGCCCACUGGCCCGGCCAGCACCACAUGAACUUCGUCGAAAGCCGACUGUAG